AUUUCCGGCAGAGUUGGGUUGUGGAGAGUGAACAAAAUCAAAAAGCGAGAAUCACACGUUAACAAUCUUCAGUUACGAUCCAAAAGCGAGAAGCUCACAAUUAUAAUCUCCAGCUUACAUCAACUUCAGUUUUAUCAUAAAACCAAAACGAAAUAAGAGGCAGCACGGACGACCGUCACCACAAUGGAUAUCGCAAAAGUGGGGAGAAUCAUUUCGCAGCGAUUUUCCAUUUCUUCUUUUAUAAGUUUUGGACUGUUUCUCGUGUUGACCAUCACGAUUCUUCAUUUAGAUGCCAGGACCAGAAAGAUGGAAGAGAAAUCAUCCGCAAACCGUUUAGUCUUCAAGAGAUCUCUCGAUGAUAAAGCUUUUCCCACGCCAAGACCCGGUCCUGGAUCCCUGUAUACCCGGUGGGGUAGAACAACCUGUCCACGUAAUUCAAGUCUGGUAUAUGAUGGUGUGGUUGGUGGAUCAAUACAUAACCAAACAGGUGGCGGAAGUAAUCUCUUAUGUUUACCUAACGACCCCAUUUGGGCCAAAUAUACUACACAAGUUGAAAGAAGGGGUCUCAUAUAUGGAAGUGAAUAUGAAAUAGAUCAUGAUUCUAGGAAAAAAUUUUUUCCUUUUAACCAUGCUGAAUCAAUUGAUGAUCACAACGUUCCGUGUGCUGUCUGUUUGACACGACAACCUGCUGUUGUUAUGAUGUUACCAGCGAGGACAGUGUGUUACCCUGGUUGGUCAACUGAGUAUUCAGGAUAUUUGAUGACCGAGGCUCAUUAUCAUAAGGGCAGACAUGAAUAUGUAUGUGUGGACCAUGCACCAGAAGCUGAUCCAGCAGGUUACAGAAACGAAAAUGGAGCUUUAUUAUAUUUCGUGGAGGGAAUUUGUGGUUCAUUGCCAUGUCCACCGUAUGUCAAUGGACGAGAAUUAAGCUGCGUUGUGUGCAGUAAAUAUUGAACGGAAUAUAGUUGAAUUUGCUUCUCUAGGAAAACUUAUGUUGACCAAGUACAAGGUAUAAUAUGAUAUCAUAAAACAAUAUAAACAUUUUAAAUUCUGUUUGAUAAUAUUUUAUCCUAGUCAUAUAAAUCGUUAAAAUACUCUUCCCUGCUAGUUAACAGAGAAUAUGAGAAUUAUGCUA